GCUUUCUAACCUAUUAAUUAUAACCUCUAGUUUUUUCCAGGCACAUGUUAUUACUCGAUAUUUCCGAGUGUUUUUGAAGAGGAAAAAGAGAAGUGUUAAUAAUAUUUUCAUAAAAUAAUUUUUAUAUGUAAUUAAUUGUGAACGCAAUCUUUUUUCAAAUCACACUCAUCAUGCGGUUAUCUCAAUUGAAAAAACAAAGAGACCGAACAUUGAGUGUGACUCUUCCCCAUGUAAUUAAAGAUAAACAGGAAGUUGAACGUUUAUUUACGGGUACUUUUUAUGUAAAAUUACCACGACAAUCCAGUAGAUCAUGUCGUAUUGUAUUCUCUACUGCGGAAGAGAAAAUGAAGAAUUGCAAACUUGCAAAGGACAAAACAAUCAAUGGCAAGCGAAUUUUUGUCAAACCGUUACAUGCUGUUGUACUUAAAGAAGAAAUCCAGAAAGUUAAAAGGAAGAAAGUUGUUAUGCCCGAAAUCAAAUCUGAGAUUAAAGUGACACAAACGAUAUUUAUCUCAAAUAUAGCAAAUGGUAUAAAAUCACAUGAAGUGAGAGGUGCCCUACCUGGAUGUAUUCAUGUUACUUUAUUAAAAUCUUACAAUAAAGACUUUAGGAGUGCAAUAGCUAAAAUGGAAAAUAUUCAAGUAGCAGCAGAAUACUUAAAGAAUAAAAAUAAGUGGCCUGUUUUGAAAGGACAUAAAAUAUACUUGAAAUCAGACACAAGAACAAAACAUAAGAGAAAAUCUUCUAAUAGCACUUUAAAAAUUUAUGAUGGAAACACAAUAGAGGAACAGAAAUUCGAUACUAAAGCUCAGACUAUAUAAAUAAUAACAAUGUAAAAACA